AUGGGUGGUAUUCAACAUCAGAAUUUAAAUAUUCUUGCUAGAGAAAUUUGGCAGUGGUGUGAACAGAAAAACAAUUGGAUCUUUGCAUCGUAUAUCCCCUCUCAAGAAAAUGAAGAUGCCGAUCGAGAAUCAAGAAAAAACAAUGUCGACACUGAAUGGGAGAUUGGAAACGAAUAUUUUCGUAAAAUAGUUAGAAAAUAUGGUACACCGGAAAUAGAUCUUUUCGCGAACAGAAUUAAUAAAAAAUGCGAGGUUUUCUGUUCCUGGUUUCAAGACCCAGAAAGUUUCAUCGUAGAUGCGUUUACAAUCAACUGGCAUAACUGGUUUUUCUAUGCGUUCCCUCCGUUUGCUAUGAUUCCUAGGGUCAUUCAGAAAAUUGUAUCUGACAGAGCACGGGGUAUAUUAGUAGUCCCUUAUUGGACCACUCAGGCUUGGUUUCCAGUUUUCGAGACUCUUUUAAUCAUUAAAUCAUCCCUUGCAUCAAAAAAUGUUUUUGAUUGUCGGCAAGCUAUCCGGACAGCGUUCGAAAAAAGAGGACUUCCGUCAUCAGCCGUAGAGAUUGUAAUACUAUCGCUUGCAGAAGGAACAAUAAAACAAUAUGCUGGUCCAAUAAAAGAAUGGUUUGGAUUUUGCGAAGAAAAGAAGCAAGAUCCAUAUAAUAUCACAGAAAAUAAUUUAUUAGAAUUUUUAUCUCACAAGUUUCAAGCAGGAGCAGCUUAUGGCUCCCUAAAUUCAAUGAGAGCAGCAAUAUCCCUAUUAUCAGAAAAAAGCCUAUCAUCUAGUCUAUUAUUAAAUAGAUUUUUCAAAGGUGUCUAUCGAAAUCGUCCUCUAAGGCCGAAGUAUGAUAAAACCCGGGAUCCAAAGAUAGUCUUAGAUGUGUUAGAAACUUGGUUUCCCUUGGAAAGUUUAAAGUUGUCAAGGUUAACGUUAAAAGUAGCAACCUUGUUAGCAUUAGGCACUGCUCAUAGAAUACAAACGUUGGCACUAAUUAAAGUAAGUAAAAUCAAAAAAGUAGAAGGAGGAUUAGAAAUAGAAAUUGAAGAUUUUACAAAAACAUCUAAAAAAGGUGUAAAUCAACCAUUGCUGUUUUUACCCUAUUUUAAAGACAAACCUCAACUAUGUAUUGCAAGCACAGUAGAAAAAUAUAUUGAGGCUACUAAUUCAUUAAGAAAUAAUGUUGACAAACUGCUAAUCACUUUUAAGAAACCUUACAAAGAAGCGUCUACUCAAACAAUCAGUCGUUGGGUUAAGUCAGUGUUAACAGAAAGUGGUGUUCCAGAAGAAUUUACCGCAUAUUCAACGCGACAUGCAUCCACAUCAACUGCAUAUAAAAAAGGAAUUGACAUAAACACAAUUAAGUCAACGGCUGGUUGGACGAAAUCGUCAGAGGUUUUCGCAAGAUUUUACAAUAGACCAAUUAAAGUAUCGAAAAGCAUAUUCGCUGAAACAGUUUGUCUUCAAGCUAAUAUAAUAAGUUAUUAA